UUUCUUUCAUCAUCAAUAUCUCUUUUUAACUUGAUAGAAUUUGUACUUGUACCCGAAUAAACCAAGUGCGCAGUGAUGGUACAAGAAAGAAUGUACCAAGGUCCAUGGCUACAAAUUGGUGGUGACGGUAUUUCAAUAUUUAUUAAUUAAGACGUCGAAAAUCAUUUAAUCUUAAAUCCCUUUCUUUCUCUAUAAACUUCUCUUCUCGCACCAUAUUCUCUCUGCUCUGCACUUCUCAACUCAACUCAACUCAACUCAACUCAACUCAACUCACCUCUCUCUCUGCCCUCUCUGAAGACUCACUUAGAUGGCAGCGGACCAAGUGACUGCAACAACUGUUGAAGAAUCCCCCGAGCCCUUGAGAUAUCAGACAUCUGUAUUGAAAGUAUCCAUUCAUUGUCAAGGUUGCAAGAAAAAAGUCAAGAAAAUUCUUCAAAGCAUUGAUGGUGUUUAUCAGAUAGCAAUUGAUUCACAACAACACAAAGUAGCAGUAACAGGAGAUGUUGAUUCAGAAAAAUUGAUCAAAACGCUAAUUAAAGCUGGAAAACUUGCGGAACUCUGGCCUCAACCAAUAGAAACAGAAGAAAAACAGAGCAAUGAUAAUCAAGAAAGAGAGAACGAGCAAAAACCAGAGAAUCAAUCAACUCAAAAUGAAAAGCAAGGGAAUGCAAAUGGAGGAGUUUCAGGUAAUGGCGGCGGCGGCGGCGGUGGUGGCGGUGGCGGUGGCGGAGGUAAAAAGAAAAGAAAGAAGAAAGGGCAAAAUGCGAAUAACAAUAAUAACAGCAAUCCUCCCGGUGGGGUUGCAACUACUGUUGAUACAUCAGGAAAUACUGAAUCACAGGCAUUACCUGUUAAUGGAGGUGAUACUUCUGUUGGGCCAGUUAAUCUAAGCCCCCCACCAGCUCAACAUGCGCACCCUUACGGAGCUUCAUCAUAUGGUCAUCAACCUUUAUACGGUCCUCCUGCGUAUGUUACGAGUUACCGUAAUUCGUAUCCAACUGUUAAUUACGGUGCAUCGUAUUAUACUCCACCAGAAGCUUACACGUAUAGUAAGUGUGUACAAUUGGGAGCUACAAGAGGAUUUUUUGAAGCAUCUCCAUUGAUGGAUUCUAUUGAGACGAUUUAUGAUGAAAAUGAUCAGAAUGAGAGUGGAUGUUGGAUUAUGUGAUGAGGUGGUAAUGGUGAUAAUAAUGCUGCAAUUUGGGGUUCCCCUCCCCUAGGAAUGGAUAAGUGGUAAUUUUGUAACCUGUUGGUACUAUCUAUACCCAGACUAAACUCUUAUGCGGUGGGCGGGGGUUAAAAAAAAAUUUAAUAACAGGUCUAAUUUUGUGUUCGUCCGUCCUUGGGGUUCAUUUUUUGUUAUUUUAAUUUAGUAUAGAUUACAAAGACAAGUAGAUCGAUUAGCUUUGUGAUGUUUUUGGAUAUCGUUAAAUUAAAAAAUUGAAUUAUAAUUACUGGUUUAUCUUUUUAA